AUGUAUCAGUCCCAACAUAACAAUGAAGCGAUCUUUGAUCAAAACCCUUUAAUUGUAUUCCAGCAAGACAAAAUCCUUGAAGAUCUGCUGCUGGAUCAUGUUUUGAUGAACUGCGGUAAUGUUGAAAAUAAAGACACCAAGAAGAGGAAAAGAAAAUCAUCUGCAGGUGUUCAAGAAAAGAAUAUUGAUGACAAUAGUAAUGAAUCCAAUCUUAGGAGAAUUAUGCAUAGAGAUCUUGAAAGGCAAAGAAGGCAAGAAAUGGCUAACCUUUACGCUUCGCUUCGAUCCCUUCUUCCUCUUGAACACAUCAAGGGAAAACGUUCAAUAUCUGAUCACAUGCACGAGGCUGUAAAUUACAUACAACAGAUGCAAAAUAAAAUAAAAGAACUGCAAAUUCGGAGAGAGCAACUGAAGAAGUAUUCCAAUUCAGGAACCCUAAUUGGUUUUGAGAAAGGAAGUUCUUCAAACAAUGAUUUGCCUAAUUGCGAAGUCAUAGUGAAUCGAAGCCAGGAUGGAGUGGAGAUUUUAAUCAGCUGUAGUUCUAAAGAUGAAGGAUUUCCCCUUUCAAAAGUGUUCACUGAACUUCUCGAAAGAGGGCUUAACGUUGUUAGCUGUGUUUCUGCAAAAGCAAGUGAAAGAACACACUAUAGAAUUCUGUCCUCUGAGGUCAAUGAUUCCAGUAUUGAUUUAUCUUUGCUGCAACGAAGACUGGCAAAUGUCGUCAACUGUAUUUAA